CUGGUCGGGCCGGACGAGGGCGGCUACGGCGUCCUGAUCGAUCCGGGCUACCUGAACGCGGCCCUGCUCGGCCACAUCGAGCAGCGCAACCUGCCCCCCAGUGCGGUGCUGCUGACCCACACGCACGCCAGUCACUGCGCCGGCGCCGCCGCCAUUCAGAGAGUGUUCGGUGCCGAAAUCUACGCCGCCGCCGCCGUCGCCGAACUGCCCAUCAACCUGAUCGCCGGGCGCCAGGAGCUGCGCAUCGGUGCGCUCACCUUCGAGGUGUUGUCCACCCCGGGCCAUUCGGACGAUUCCGUCUGCUACGCGCUGCUCCCGGUGAUAUUCACCGGCGACACGCUGGCGGGGGGCACCAUCGGCAGGGCCGCGACGCCGCAAGCGCGUGCCACCCUGCGGCGAUCGGUCCGCGAGCGGCUGCUCUGCCGUGCCGACCAUGAGGUGGUGCUGCCGGGCCACGGACCGCCGACCACGAUAGGCAUCGAGCGCCGCUUCAACGUCCACCUGCAGGACUGA